GCGCGCGUCCCGGGCACCCCACGUCCCUGUCUCGCGCGCUGUCCGCACCAUGAAGCACAUCCCGGUCCUCGAGGACGGGCCGUGGAAGACCGUGUGCGUGAAGGAGCUGAACGGCCUCAAGAAGCUGAAGCGGAAAGGCAAGGAGCCGGCGCGGCGCGCGAAUGGCUGUAAAACUUUCCGAUUGGACUUGGAAGCUCCCGAGCCUCGCGUCGCCGCCACCCUCGGGCUUCGGGACAGGACCCAGAGGCUGCAGCCUGUCCCGGUCCCGGCCCCGGUGCCAGCCCCAGUGGCGCCGGCUGUUCCCCCAGGUGGGGGCGCGGAUACUGGCGGGGACCGCGGGGGCCCCCGAGCGCCGGAGGUCUCUGACGCGCGGAAACGCGGCUUCGCUCUGGGCGCAAUGGGGCCGGGACUCCCCACGCCACCGCCGCCUCCAGCGCCCCAGGGCCAGGCACCUGGGGGUCCCGAGGCACAGCCUUUUCGGGAGCCCGGCCUGCGUCCCCGCAUCUUGCUCUGCGCACCUCCUGCGCGCCCGGCACUGUCUGCACCCCCAGAGCCCCCAGUGCCCUCGGCGCCCGCGGACUCCUCGGUGCGUCCUGCGCCCCCCACGCGCCCGGGGGAAAGUUCCUACUCGUCAAUUUCACACGUAAUUUACAAUAACCACCCAGAUUCUUCUGCGUCGCCUAGGAAACGGCCGGGCGAAGCGACCGCCGCCUCCUCGGAGAUCAAAGCCCUGCAGCAGACCCGGAGGCUCCUGGCGAACGCCCGGGAGCGGACGCGGGUGCACACCAUCAGCGCAGCCUUCGAAGCGCUCAGGAAGCAGGUGCCGUGCUACUCCUAUGGGCAGAAGCUGUCCAAGCUGGCCAUCCUGAGGAUCGCCUGUAACUACAUCCUGUCCUUGGCCCGCCUGGCAGACCUCGACUACAGCGCCGACCACAGCAACCUCAGCUUCUCCGAGUGUGUGCAGCGCUGCACCCGCACCCUGCAGGCCGAGGGACGUGCCAAGAAGCGCAAGGAGUGACUGGCUGCAGACCAGCUGGGACACCGUGGUGGCCUCUUCCCAGGGUGAGGAGAAGGUGGACACACCAAGCCAACCUCAUCCCUCUGCAGGAUGCUCCGGGUCGGCCCCCACGCCCCUCGGGGCUGUCCAGGCUGGGCCGCCUGCCCCGCCCUCCUGCCCUCUGCCUGGCGGUCACAGUGCACUUUGCCCUCUGCCUGUGGGAGGCCCAGUCUUCCUCCCACUCAGGUCUGGAGGCUCUUCGUGGCUGCAAAAGUUCAUUGCCAAAGAUUCAACAGAGACACCGAGAACAAGGGGCUGAAGCCCAGCAGCCAAAGGCCACAUCGUGGCUCUGUGGCCUUCGACUCUCCUGUUGCCAGAGCCCACCUGUCUCAAGCCAAAGAUGAGCCAGCAAUUCCACCAGGAGCCUGAGAAACAGAGGGACAGGAUGACCCUCGAGAGCACUUGGCCCUCAGAGCCAGUGCCAUCCACACAGGGCCCUGGGCUGGCGAGUUCAGGAGAAGCCUUCUUGGGCCUGGGAGGGAGGCAGGAAGGGGCCAAGGUCCCUUCCCUUGCUGCCCUACUCUGGCCACCCAGACUCUGGCCCUGAGGAGUGGCUGGGGAGAGGUGGCAUGCUUUAGCUGGGCACUCGCCCAAGGCCACCUGCCCAGGGGACAUGCACGCUGGCGGCCCUGCCAUCUCCCCAGGCUUCCUUGAUGCAACGAGUAGCGGCCUGCAGAGGCCGGUGGUCUGUGGCAGGCCAGGUGGGAGGGGGAGGAUGACGGGACCAGGCGAUGGCCACGUAGGGAGGGCACUGGCCCCGGGGCCAGUGCCCUCUUGAGCUCACAGGCCAAAGCUGCUCACAUGUGUUCAACCAUCUGCUUCAAAUUGAAGUAAAAGCCCAACGUGUAAAGCACA